CGUGCAGAGGCUGUAAGGAGGAUCCUUAGCCUAGCCUUCGCUCUGCCAUGGAUUCCCGGCACGCAUCUCUAGGCCGCCGAACGUUGGAAGAAAUUCGUCAAAAGCGAGCUGCAGAAAGAUUGAGCAAAACUUCUUCGAGACCCGAUCUCAGCCAGAUCCCACCUAUCGAUAAUGGAGGAAUGAGAAAAUCGGAGAGCGCAAAUCGACUCUCUGAGAGCGAUGUUAGUACUUUAGUUUCUCAGAUAAGAGACUUGGAUAGGAAGAAUGCAGAACUGGAAGAAGAAAACAAAAAUUUGGCUUCCAUGGUAGGACUCUUGUGUUUGUUGUGCUUGUUUGUUUCUUUUCCGAAAGUUUUCACUUCAAGAGGGUUUGGUUGUGGGCAAUGGUCAGUUUGGUUGCCUAAUUAUAUUGUCGACUUAUACAGGCUGGGCAAAGAGGCCGAUAACAACAACAUCGCCGUAGGAUCCCGGGGCGACGUCGUUGAUAAUCUUUUUGUCGGCAAAUCCCUCAAUCGAGACUCUGAUAUCAUCUUUGAUUAUCGAUAG